AACAAAAAAAAAACGCUACAGCAAUGUCGACUGGAGCGCGACUGGAAGCCGCGGCCCGUAAAAUUCCCGUCCCCAGCAACUAUCGGUACGCGGCGAAAAUCCUCCGCCAGGUGACGGAGGAAAAGCAAAGCGUCAAGGCGCUGCUGCGGCGCGAUGCAAAGCAUUUCCGUGCCGGGCGUACCAUCAUGGAUCGGUUGCUGGUCAAUCUGCCGCAGAUCAAUGCCAUCGUCGCCCACCUCGACCUGACGGCCCGGGAGCCGCAGCUGAAUCCGUGGAUGGCACGGGCGCUCAUCUCCGAGCUGCUGUACGGUCGUGGUGAGCUGGUCGGCGCUUCGUUGCCGGUGGAGUGUGUACGCCGGUACGAAGCCGACAUACGGAAGGCUUAUGAGGCGACGAAGGCAGACAUUCCGGCGGUCCGGAAGUUUGCGGAGCCACGCUUCGUGAGGGUGAAUACGGACGUACUGAACCUGGAGGGUGCCAAGCGGCUAAUGCAGGAAGAGGGCUGGAUACUGAUAGACGAGCAGUUGCCGGACUAUCGAGCGUUUUUGCAUCGCAUCCAAUCGCUUACCGACAGCGAGUACCUGGUGGACUUCCAUUUCCCCGAUCUGCUGGUGUUCCCGCACUGCUCCAAGGCAUACUGGGCUCGGGCUGAGCAUCUGUUUUCGAAAUUUUUCUUACAAAACAAGGCUUGUCUGGUGCCGACGUACCUGCUGAAGCCACCGAAGAAAUCGGUCGUACUGGACAUGUGCGCGGCACCCGGCAUGAAAACCACCCAUCUGGCCAACCUGAUGAAAAACAAGGGCCGCAUCUAUGCCGUCGAGCGGAAUGCUGAGCGGUACCGGUCGUUGUGCCAGUAUGCGGCACCGUUCGGCGUGAUCAAAACCAUCCACGCCGACUGCCUGGACCUUACCGACGCGCAGGUACCCGGUGUCGAGUACAUUCUGCUGGAUCCGAGCUGCUCCGGCUCGGGCAUGCUGGAUCGGCUGCGUCGGCCCGAGCAGGUCGACGAAGGGCGCCUGUACAAGCUGGCCGGGCUGCAGUACAAACUUCUGUCCCACGCGAUGAAUGCUUUCCCGCGGGUGCGUCGCAUCGUUUACUCGACCUGCUCGGUCCACCCGGACGAGAACGAGAAGGUGGUAAUGGGCGUGCUGCGCCACAACAGCCACUUCCGGCUGCUGGACGCGCGCACCGAGCUCGGUAAGGAGUGGUUAAACGUUGGCUCGCCCGACUAUCCGGGUGUUGGCGAGCGGUGUCUGUACGCGCGUUCCGAGAUCGAUCUGACGAUCGGUAUGUUUGUGGCCGUGUUUGAGCGGUGCGAGGACGGUGAAGAGAAUGAGCUCUACACGGCACACGAGCAGCAGAAGGAAAGCUACGCCAAGCUAGCGGCGAUCGGUGGCGAAGUACGCAAGGGGAAGAAACAGCGCGGUGGCAACCACUGUAAAGCCUCCGUUGAUGAACCAGUGGUACAGGAACGCGAACGAGGUUUUGGGCAAUCCGCUGAGCGACAAUACACAGGUACUGCAGAAGAGAGAUCGAUGGCUAAUGAAAUGACCGAACAGCCUUCUGUGACCAAGAAGAAAUCCAAGCGUAAGGCUGAUUCUCAACACAAGGACUCUGCUAUUGAUGAAUCGAUCGCUAACGGAGUGAUCGAAGAGCCAUCUGAGAGUGUUAGUAAGAAAAAAUCAAAGCUUAAAGCUGAUUCUCAACAAAAGGACUCUGCUAAUGAUGAAUCGAUCACUAACGGAGUGAUCGAAGAGCCAUCCGAGGGUGUUAGUAAGAAAAAAUCAAAGCUUAAAGCUGAUUCUCAACAAAAGGACUCUGCUAAUGAUGAAUCAAUCGCUAACGGAGUUAUAGAAGAGCCAUCUGAGAGUGUUAGUAAGAAAAAAUCAAAGCUUAAAGCUGAUUCUCAACAAAAGGACUCUGCUAAUGAUGAAUCGAUCACUAACGGAGUGAUCGAAGAGCCAUCUGAGAGUGUUAGUAAGAAAAAAUCAAAGCGUAAAGCUGAUUCUCAACAAAAGGACUCUGCUAAUGAUGAAUCGAUCGCUAACGGAGUUAUAGAAGAGCCAUCCGAGAGUGCUAGUAAGAAAAAAUCAAAGCGUAAAGCUGAUUCUCAACACAAGGACUCUGCUAUUGAUGAAUCGAUCGCUAACGGAGUGGUAGAAGAGCCAUCCGAGGGUGUUAGUAAGAAAAAAUCAAAGCGUAAGGCUGAUUCUCAACACACGGACUCUGCUAUUGAUGAAUCAAUCGCUAACGGAGUGAUAGAAGAGCCCUCCGAGAGUGUUAGUAAGAAAAAAUCAAAGCGUAAAGCUGAUUCUCAACAAAAGGACUCUGCUAAUGAUGAAUCAAUCGCUAACGGAGUGAUAGAAGAGCCAUCUGAGAGUGUUAGUAAGAAAAAAUCAAAGCGUAAGGCUGGUUCACUACUGCAAGACGCGGAAAAGGCCACAGAGCACCAAGAUGCAGAAGAAAAGAAAGGGAAAAGCAGCAAGAAGAAAGAUCGCAAGAAGCAGAAAGAACUGCUUGCUACAGGGAAUUGCGCAGAGUAAAGAGCAUGCACACCAAGCAUUACAAUGCUAUUAUUUCAUUACAUAUUCAGCUCAUAUAAAUCAAUUCAUACAGUCACA